UUAUUUUGCGUUUUCUGCAGUGCGUGUCCCCCUAGCGGUAGCGUUUCGCGUCAGACGUGGGCUGCUAGGCUUGUGGACAGAACAGUAUCCAGUUGUGCGAUGGGACGCCGAAGAAGUAAGCGGAAGCCGCCGCCAAAGCGCAAAAACAUCGAGCCUCUGGAGACCCAGUUCAACUGCCCCUUCUGUAACCACGAGCGGUCGUGCGAAGUAAAAAUGGACAGGCAAAGGAACACCGGUCGGAUCACCUGUAGAGUCUGCCUGGAAGACUUUCAGACGUCCAUAAACUAUCUUUCAGAGGCCAUCGACGUUUAUAGCGACUGGAUUGACGCCUGCGAAGAGGCUAACCAGUGAACAGGAGUGACGUUCAAAAUUUCUUGUACAUAAGGUGUAAAUGAUCAUUACAUUGUGGCCACCCUGUCUGUGCUUGUAACCAUUAGGCGGUGUGGAAGGCUUCAUCUGUCCGACUCCAAGAAGGCAAGCUGUGUUGUCUGCAGAUUCACAUUUUGUUUUUCUUUGUUUUGUCUUGGCCAUUAAACUGACGGUUAAAGCAU